AUGGUGAACCCCGCGGACGCCAUCAAAGUCGACGUCACUGUCAAGCUGAUUGGCAUUAUCGGGUGCAGUGCCUCCGGCAAGUCCACCGUCGCCCAUCAGCUGGCGAGCAGGCUUGACUCGCCGUUGCACCCAAUUUGCACAGACAACUUCUUCUUCGAUGACGUCUGUGCGCGACUGGGCACCUACGAGGACUACAGGUGCAUCGACUAUGGCACCGUGGCACGGUGGAUGUCGGUGUUGGUGCACGCUGCACCGACGGUGUCUGUGAGCCUACUGGAGGAGAGGUGCACGCCUGCUGCAUCGCCCGAGGCGCGAGCCGCAAGCGCAGACGGCAACACCGCCCUGCACCACUCCCCACACGACUUGGAAGGCCGGGUGCAUAACGCAUGGUGGGAAGAGGUGCUGCUGCACCUACCAGAGCUGAGCAAGUAUCGCCGUGCCGCGCCCGAUGCCACGUCUGCCACCACGGCACCCACAACUGUCGUUGUUGCUGCUGCUGAUACUGCUACUCCUGCUGCCCAGUCCAGCCGCACAGUUGCUGAGGCAGCACCCGCCGGCGCUCAUCGACAUGACGGGACUAGUGACAGCGAUGGAGACGCAUCGCUCGGCGCACACGAGGCUGAGGAAGAAGACCGACGGCGGAGAAGUGUUGCCGCGUUCACACAGCGAAGAGAGGGGGGUGGCGGCACCGUCUGCUCGCCUCUUGAGCUUCGGAGUGGCAGCGAGGAGCAGGCGCCUCACACCGCUGCUCCUUUCUCGCACCACGUCAUCAUCUACGCUGUGUGGGAGGGUUUCACACUCCUUUGCAAUCGCUUGGCCAACUCCUACAUUGACUACGCGAUCGACGUUCGCUGCGACCUGGAGACGGCGUGCUUGCGGCGGUUCUUCCGCACCCCGCGCCGCCAUCUUGCUCGAUAUCUCGCUCACGACUCGGCAGGAGGCUGCCAGAAUGGACAAGAUGAGUCGCAGCUGAGGCUGCAGCGCGCGCGAGCCGCUGUUGUGGCGUGUGUCAUGCGUCAGGUCUACCGUCCGCGCAUCGAGAAACUGUGGCGUGUUCGGUCACGGGAGCAACACCGCGCCGAUCUCACGAAUGCCCUAGUGCAGGAAAUGCGACUGGAUGGCUUGCAGGUGCUCGCGCGCGGCGACAGCCCCACUGCCACGUCUCCGCCGACGUGCGUUACGGCGCGCGAUGCCUUGGAUUUACUUUCCCCUUCCUGCUUUGAUCCUCCUCGCCCGCGAUGCCGGCGCCAACCGGCCCACUCUGGCGCCGCCAAGGGUAUGAGCGACGGCGGCAGUGGCACCCGCCGUCAGGGCGAGAGCUGUGGCGCUGAGGCUGCAGCAUCCACCAUAUCAAGCACCAGCGCUUCGCCGGUGGCGGUCGCGGAGGAGGUUGGGCGUUGCUGUUCUGCGUGUUGGUCCGCUGACGGAUUGCCCACUGAUGCCUUUCAGCUUUUUUGGGAAAGCGAGUUUGAUGAAUGGCUGACGCGGUCGUCGUCGUCGUCGGCCACCACUGCUGCUGCUGCUGCUGCCCUCGCCUGGGCCUCACUGAAGCACAGAGACGGUGAGGGCGUAGAUGCGCACGCCGCGCACCACGUCGACGAACGGCAGCGCGACGUAAAUGGCAGCUUCCGCUCGACGUCGCCGCCACGGGUGACACCGCCUAAUGAGGAGCCCGGGGUGGCGUAUGUGAAUCGCAUGCUUGCGCAACGCGGACGUCUUGCACUGCUUCAGAGCUUGUCUUGCGGUGAGCGGGCGGUCGCGUCGUCUUCUCCAGAGGCGUCCAGCAUAGGCGGCAAGGGCGCUGCCUCAGCUGAGUUCGGCCUCGAACAGCAGCUGGCGGUGGGCGGAAUCCACAGCCCAACAGUUCUGUCUGCGGAGACGCUCUCGUCAGCGCUGGCGCCGUUCUACUACGAGUUCCGUUACUGGUACGUUUUCGAAGUUCUCUACUACGAACGAAUAUUCCGCCCGCUGCAAGUCCACCGUCUGCGGUGGCGCUCCGUUGUGGCGGAGAGUAGUCCCGCAUCCACCGACGGGGAAGGCAGGAGUGGUGAGCAUGGCGGUUGUGGGGCCACUACUGCUCCAUGCGCUGUACCCCGUCGAUGGUGGGUGGUGAAGAACGGUCGUGAUGUGUACGGGCAGGACGCAGGCGAGCUCCUGACGCAGGUGGAUCACAUCUGUGCUGCCGUACGUGCCAUUCGCUAA